GGAGGGGCGGCCGCGCGCCGUCCCAGGAAGGGGCCGGGAGCAACCCGGGUUUCUCUUGUUAAAGGGGCAACGCUCCCGGCCUGUGGGGCCCAGCGAGCGGGGACGCGGGAACUGAGCUCCGGACGCGGAAGGGCGGGCAGACACCGCGAUACAGGAGGGCUGCGGACGCCUAAAGAGCAGGGAAAGGUCGGGGGCUGACCCACGGGGGGACGCAGGCCCGGGCCCCGCGCACGUCGCCGCCGUCGGAGGCGCGUCCAGGGGGCGGAGCCUCCUGCCGAGCCCCGCCCAGAAGGCGGCUCCGCUCAGGUUCCACCCUCAGGCGCGCACCGCCUGCCAGCUCCGCCCGCUGCUCAAAUCGCAGUCUCUCUCCUCCCGGCCCCGCCGAGUUCUAGAAUUCGCCGCGCAGCUGCUUCAGCACCAAAGAGGAGACUAGCUACCCAGCCCAGUCCAGUAAUGCAGGUGCAGGAAGAUGGAGACAACUUCAUCCCCUUUGCCAAGUGUUCCAGGGUGGUCAGCCGAUCUCCAUCCCCCAGGUUGCCUUCCCAGAGCCUCAGACCAAUGCCCCAGCGUUAUGGAGGUGUCUUCUGGAAGAAUCUCAAUCAAAGGCCCAGCCCCAGCUGGAUGGAAGAACAGCACAUUCCACCCAAGCUGAGAACCACUGGUUGCUCCCAGCUUGGUCUGUACCCUCCUGAGCAGCUCCCACCCCCUGAGAUGCUUUGCAGAAGAAAGAAGAGGAGGCUGUGUUUGGAAGGAAUGCAGCAGGGAUUUGGGGGGGUCCCCGCCCGGGUGAGGGCUGUCACUUACCACUUGGAGGACCUAAGAAGGCGUCAGAGCAUCAUCAAUGAACUGAAGAAGGCCCAGUGGGGUAGCUCUGGGGCUGCAUCUGAGCCAGUGGUGCUUGGCAAAGAGGGCUGUGGAUUCCCUAGCACCAAUGAAUACCCUGAUCUGGAAGAGGAGAGGGCAACCUAUCCACAGGAAGAGAACCGUUUUCUCACUCCUGGCAGAGCCCAGCUGCUUUGGUCUCCCUGGAGUCCCCUGGGUCAGGAGGAGGCUUGUGCCUUCAGGCAGCCACGCUCUCUGGCCUCCUUCAGCACUGUCACAGCCAAGAGGAACCCCCUGCACAAUCCCUGGGGGAUGGAGUUGGAGUCUGAAGAGUAAGGAGAUCUGAUGCCAAGAUGAUAGUGGUGCCUCAGGGACCCAAGACUAGUUCUUCACUAGAAUCAACCCCAUUGCUGACAUGAAGGUGUUUCCCCUUCCUUAGCCUCUCCAACUGCCUUUCCCAUUCUCUGAACUGGGCAUUAACAGCCUCCCCCCUCCCACCCCAGGGCUCCCAUCUCAACCCACAGCUCUCACAAGAGCACCCCCAAGUCCUGUUUUCCUCUAGGCCCCGCUCCCGGCCUUGUGUUCUCUCUGCUCUGUUAUUAAAAAGCAAGCAAGUGGA